UCGGGCUACGGGCCGCCCAUUAUAUACUCCCUCUGGUGCUAAACCCUAACGAGCCGCCCAUUCGCGCCGCCUCUGCUGCUCGCCGCUGCCCUUCGCGCCGCCGCCCUUGCUCAUCGCCGCCUGCGGCCGCUCGAUCCGAUGGCUCCCACGAAGAAGUCGAAGAAGAGCACGGAGAGCAUCAACAACAAGCUGCAGCUGGUGAUGAAGAGCGGCAAGUACACGCUCGGCUACAAGACCGUCCUCAAGACGCUGCGCAACUCCAAGGGGAAGCUGAUCAUCCUCGCAAACAACUGCCCUCCGCUUAGGAAGUCUGAGAUUGAGUACUAUGCCAUGCUUGCCAAAGUCAGCGUGCAUCAUUUCCAUGGAAACAAUGUUGAUCUUGGCACUGCCUGUGGCAAGUACUACAGAGUGUGCUGCCUCAGUAUCAUUGACCCAGGUGACUCGGACAUCAUCAGCACCACCCCUGGCACCCAGUGAACGAAGAAGAGGAGCGAGCUUUGCCUAUCCCUAGAUGAGAUAUAGGGCUCAGACCUUUGUUGCAAGGCCAAUGGCCGUUUCUUGUUUGUCUUUAGUCUUUGAUGAGUUGUUCUUGCAUACAGAUUAUACCUCAUAUGGUUGCUAUGUAAGGCAUAUCUAUGGUUUUGUUUGAUGAGAUCGUCAUAAUUAUUUC